AUCCGGAGCACCAAAAAUGAUGCAAAGAAAAGGAACCUCAGACAAAUAAUUGAAGUCUACAUGAAGAAAGCCGAAAAUCUAAAGAAAUACUUGGAUCAAGAAAAAGAAGAUGGAAAAUAUCACAAGCAAAUUAAAAUCGAAGAGAAUGCAACAGGUUUCUGUUAUGAGUCACUUUUUAAAGAAUACCUUAAUGAGACAGUGACAGAAGUGUGGAUAGAAGAUUCUUAUAUUAGACAGCCACAUCAGGUGAAUAACUUUCUUCGAUUUUGUGAGAUGCUUAUUAAGAAAUGUAAAGUAAAAACUAUUCAUCUUCUCACGUCUCUGGAUUUUAGCUGUGCAGUCACACAAAGGAGUGGUCUUGAAGAAAUAAAAGCAUCACUCAGAAAUUACGGGGUGCUGUUGGAAAUAGAAUACUCCUCUUUAUUACAUGACCGAGAAAUUAGGUUCAAUAAUGGUUGGAUUGUUAAGAUUGGCAGGGGACUUGAUUAUUUUAAAAGGUCCAAGGGUCAAUAUUCUUGGGAAUUAUGA